AUGCCUGGCACUUAUCAAAGAAUUAAAUUACCAUACGGGCUUAAUGAAUUAGAACCAAUAAUCUACUUCAAGACCAUGUAUUAUCAUUAUAAUAUUCUCCACCAAAAUUACGAAACUAAACUUAAUGAGGCGGUGCGGGGAAGCGAAUUAGAGCAACAAUUCCCCACCCUGGAGAAAUUAAUGGAGAAUUUGGAGCAAUUACCGGCUGAAAUAAAAGAAGAUGUCCAAUUUUUUGGCGGGGGAUUAAUCAAUCACAAUUUUUUCUUUACUCAUUUGGUUAAAGCUAGUAAAAUAUUAGAGGAAAAAAUUGGUUUAGAACUAUUAGGAGUCAUUGAAAAAAAGUUUACUAAUUUGGAAAAUCUUAAAAAAGAACUGGUAAAAAGUGCUUUGAAAGUGCGAGGAAGUGGCUGGACCUGA